GUCAAUUCAAUUGUCAUAUCAACAAAAGUCAAACUUUGUCGAACUCAAACUGUUUUAUAGUAGCAGUAAAUAUAAUUUGGGUUUCGCUGAACAUAAUUUAAUACAACUUGACUGUUCACUAAAGGACUGUUAUACAACAGAAUAACUAUCAAUAUUGAACUAUCAAAGAAAGACACAAAAAUAAUCCAAUAUGGAUCAAAUGCUGCCGAGUCCCUACAACAUUCCUGGUAUAGAUACUCCGUUGCAUCAACCCGAAGAGGACCAACAAAUUUUGCCAAAUGCUAUGCAACAGCAGCAACAAAUACAGCAGCAACAACAGCAGCAGCAGCAGCAUUCUAUGGCUGCUUUAGGUUCCUCACCACUUGUGGGAUUUGGCGCGUCUUUAUUAGGGACCCCUCAAAGGUCUAUGCACACUUAUGCUCCAACUGCCAGUUAUGCCACUCCUCAACAAAUGAUGCAACCUCAAACCCCACAAAACAUGAUGUCACCAUUGAUUACAAGUGGUAGUUUGGCGGGACAACAAAUCCUUGGGCAAGCAAGUCCAGCACCAAUGACACCCAUGACCCCACAUUCAGCUGACCCUGGAAUAUUACCACAGUUGCAGAACAUUGUUUCAACAGUUAACCUUAAUUGCAAGUUAGAUUUAAAGAAAAUUGCUCUCCAUGCUCGUAAUGCAGAAUAUAACCCAAAGCGAUUUGCUGCUGUUAUUAUGAGAAUAAGAGAGCCCAGGACAACAGCUCUAAUAUUUUCAUCAGGAAAAAUGGUGUGCACCGGAGCUAAAAGUGAAGAAGAUUCGCGAUUAGCAGCUAGAAAAUAUGCUAGAAUUAUUCAAAAACUAGGGUUUACUGCAAAAUUUUUAGAUUUCAAGAUACAAAAUAUGGUUGGCAGUUGCGAUGUAAAGUUUCCGAUUCGUCUAGAAGGCUUAGUGUUGACACACGGACAAUUCAGCUCCUACGAACCAGAGCUUUUUCCUGGACUUAUUUAUCGAAUGGUGAAGCCAAGAAUAGUGUUAUUGAUUUUUGUAUCGGGAAAAGUGGUAUUAACUGGUGCCAAAGUGAGACAAGAGAUAUAUGAAGCAUUUGAUAAUAUUUAUCCUAUUUUAAAGAGUUUUAAAAAACAAUAGAGUUUUAAGUUAAAU